AUGGGAACUGGCAUCGGCUCGGCAAGCAUCUCCCGUGUCUCAUUCACGCUCUCUACUCGUUCUACUUCAGUGCUCCCCGUACAAGAGACUACGAGCGAUGACGACCUAAUCUCCCUCUCUUCCACCAUUGACGAGACCCAUGACUCUGAUGAGGAAUGGAUGGCAGAGGGCAUCUUAGCCGAAGGCGUCAUGGACGGCGAAAUGAAGUACCUAGUUGAGUGGACCGGCUUCCCGCUGGACGACGCAACCUGGGAACCAGCCUCCCAUCUGAACGACAUCCUUCUGGGGGAGUGGGCGGCCCAGAAGGAGAAGGUGAAGCGCGGAGAGGCUCCCAGGUUCAAGAUCAGGACCUGGAGAGAUGCUGCCGUCAAGAACCUCUGCGAUAGGCACGCCAGGCACGAGAAACGAAACGCCCGUCGUGUCAAAGACGGCCUGGUGCCCACCUCGUGGAACCCUUCGCUUGAACGGCUCAUCGAGCUGGUCGACAUCGCCACUCCCAAGGACCCUGAUGAUGCAGACUCGGACGAAGACAGUAUCGACUUCGAUAGGCUGGACCACUCAGGUCCCGUCCCGAGGAAAGUCACCCCCCACGAGCAAGGGGCUGCCCUCUUCGAUAACAUAAAGCAACGGAGCCAAUCGCCUGCAGAUCGCCACGCUGCCAUCACCUCCAAGGCAUCACCAUCGGGGAGAAAUGCUUCUGCCUCCAAGCCCAAAAAUGGCGCCCCUACCUCAAAGCCUGCGGCCAACAAAUUGUCGCGUCUGCUGUCACGACCACCAAUUACGGACCGUCCACAGGUGCCGCUAUUACCCAAGAAGCGGCAGAUCGUCAAGUCGGCCAUCAAGUCUUCAAAAAAGAGUACCAAACCCGUCAGCAAUAUCUUCAUCAGUGGAAAACAGAGGAAGGUACACACUCAUACCGCACCCAACCAGUCCCUCUUCGGACACAGCGCCGGUAUCAGGAAUGGAGAAAAUCGCGCUCCUACCCAGAUCCCCAGGUCAUUGAUACACCUAGAUGGCAGACCUACAGCUCCGCUUCAAAUCAUCGGGCCUGCUGCGGACAAGGACAAGACCCCAGCACACAAGAGCCCUUCGGCGCCACAGGGGUCGACAUCAUCACAACAACCCGGGGUACCCCAGGAAUCUUCAACGCCCCAAAGCCAACUUCCUACCGAAUACCAGGACAUGAUGAUCAUUGACAUACCCGCUACUUCGGCUCCAGAACUACGUGGCCAGACUGCGCCACCUCGACCACCGUCGGCUCUGAAAAAGGGCACACAAGAGAGCAGGAGGAAAUCUGUGGGUUGGGUUGACAGCGACCAGCUCGUGCCUGACAACAAUGUGGCAUACAAUUCGCCGGAAGAAAGCAUGUUUGUCCCGGAUGAGGCCCCCCAGUCUGAAAGCAGCAUGCAGGAUAUCAGCACAGAUGCUGCCGAGAUCCCUAAACCUCCAACCCCACCGCGCGGGUACAAAAAACCAUCCCAAGCCAGCAUCCCGAUAGAUAUUGCGCAGCAACAGACUGUCCCGGUACUGUGCUUUGUGGGCGAAAACCUUGCUUUCCGUCAUACCUGCACUGCAGUCGACUUUGGGACCCAGUUCCGCAGAUCUCCUCAACUAGUCUUGAAUCUUGCUCGUGGCUCCAUCACUGCUCUCUCAGAACCUGCUGCACUUGAAUCGCUGGCACAGUGGUUGAGGCCGGCAGCCAGGGCCGUGAUGUUUCACACAGACAACUAUUGCAUCCUCGCUUUCCCUGCCGACUCAUCAGAGUGGGAACUUGAAGCCGCCGACGUCCCCAAGACGGACGGGCCACUCAAAUUUACCAUUUUUGAACGAACGUUCUCAGACACUGAUCUCCCCAAGACGGACGAAAAGGGACCACGUGGGCUGCAGGACUGGGAGCUCUCCCUUCCCAAGGAACUCGCUCGCAUGUCCGCCCUGGACAGCAGCCAGGUGUUACCGCACAAUGACCGCCGGCUACUGGGGAGGCGGCAAGUCUUCUUGGCAUUCCCACCCGGCGCGAUCGAGGAAUCUCGGCUCAUAGCGCAAUGGUUCAUUACCGUGUCGAACUUGGAAUGCGACAUUUACGACAGUCUCUCCCCCGGCGCCUGGUCCCAGUUUUUAAAAAGAGGCUGCGGGACCGUUGUGAUACAUGAAGACGCCCUAUGGAAAACACGUCAGUUUCCCGGAAUGCUUUCCGUACUGGACCAAGUAGCUGCCGGUAACUAUGCCAUCUCAGUCUUCAAGAAGGGCUACGGCGACAAUGAGGUCUUGGCUGAAUGGCCCGGGACAAGUCGACUUACGGGAGACAUCGGCCUGCUUCCAGUUUUCUCGGGCGGCAAAGCGUUUCUCAUGACGCCCAGCUUCGUCAUCACCCAACCGCAUCAGGCAAGCCUCUUUCUCGGCUAUUUCAACAGGAGCCUUGCAAUUACCAAGGCGGCCUUCCGUGCAAUCCUCAUAGUUCCCGCAGACUUUGAGGACUGGCUCGCCGACCUCAUAGUCGAGAGAUCACGGAGGCCUACAGACAAGAACCUGGAGCAUCAUAAGAAGGACAUAGAGUCCCUUGAAAAGAUGAUGAACUACAUGGAUCAGUUGGUGGCGCUUACACACGAAGGCGAUUUGAGCAGCCCACUUGUGUAUGCGCCUGCUAUGAUUGACGCUAGCGACGAACAGAGCCUGGUCAACUGGUUUGGGUGGUGGUCUAUAAUGAACAUGAACCAGAUAGGGAUGAGGGAAUCUGACGACGAAGAAGUCAUGCGGGCCGUCGAAGCCAAGGAGCUGCUGAGCCUCGGGACGACGGAGGCGGCGACGACGACGACGACAACAGCUAGCGCACCGACACUAGUAUCGGGACUGUCUUUGACGGAUAGAACUGCCGAAAAGAGAUUGGGUGGAGCAACCCGGCUCAAAAUCGUGCCCAACGAUGAAGUGCGGACUCUGAGGGAACAUCUCAAGAAUAUUCAGAAAACCGCGCGGUCCCUGCAGCCCAUGCUGUGGGUUUACUUCAUACCCGUUACGCACUGGGAUUCAAGAAAGGACCGGCUGGCAUUGGGCAAGCGUCCGACGGGGGCCAGCUUCUCGCAGUGGUUUCGCUACAUGAGCCCGUUUGACUCGCAGGGUGGAAAUCACGGUAUAAACACAUCUGCAACGCUCUUCUACACCUCGGAGGGUGGUGGCGGAAUAGCGAGCAGUGAUAUCAAUGCCGCUUCACGACCAUGGUUAGUCUUUUUCAGGCCAGUUGAGCCGCACAGGAAGACAUGGAAGGAGACGGAACUCUUGAUCUUUGACCCAGCGUACCGGGGCAGGGUUGGUGCCAGAGACGUGGUGCACGAGGGGGAUCUGGUAGAUGUGCAGCAGCGUCUUCUAGCCUCGGUCAACGAGUUCAACGCGAACAAGAAUCCCACGAUGCCGUUAACCAAGGUAUGGCUCGCAGGGUGGCGCAACAGCAUCGAAAGCCCGCACGCGGAGGCGCUGGAUAUCACGCUCGACUUCCUGGACCUGUGCAUCAGAGAUCCGAAAAUGUGGCUGCCAGCUCCAAAGGAAGCCAUGGAAUCGCGGGGGUGGAAGAUAGUUAUACCAACCAGCGCGGGCAAGAACCGACCGGAGUCCAUGGACGUGGAUGAACCCGACGGCGCCAAGGGCAGCAAAAUAGACAGCUUCAAGAUCGAUGGCAUCAGCAAGAAGAUGGCAGAGAGAGGGUCAGCAGGGGAAGAAGCAAAGGUAGCGAUCGAGAAGCGUGCCAACGAAAUGCUGACCGAGGGCCUCGACGACACGGACGACGACCCAGGUGCAGACUACCUCUCGCGCAAGAAGGUGCUGUUCCUCCCCCCACGGGGCCGGCUUAACAAGGGCAACAAGGGCGAAUCAGUGUGCGUGAACGAGAUAUUCCGACAGAGCAGGCUGGCUGAGUCGCGUGGCGAGAAGACCAUGACGUUUGUGUAUUCUGCCACCAGAUUCUGGUAUGCGCAUCAGGUCGAAGAGGGGAGGGACUUUAAGCACAUGAUGGUUGACGGAUGGGACAAGGUGUUUUCACAUUUGCGGAUUCCUUGA